UGCUUAUUUGAAAAAUAGUUGCCCCUGGGUGGAGAUACAAUCAAUAAUUAAGUCAUUAGUUCUUCGUGAAAUAAGGAUUCCGUGAUCAAAUAUGUUGAAUAAAGUAUGCAUAUCAUAUCAAUCACCUGGUCACAAUAUGUAUUCAAACACUAAAGGUUUUGAAAUAUACAGUAUGUUUACCAGCAUUUCCCAAACUUACUUGACCACACAAUUCCUAUUUUAAGCAACAACUGUGAUGUCCCAUGGACUCCUGAAGGUGACUAAGGAAUACUUUCUUCUCAGGAUGUACUUUAUUGACAAUAGUCGUUGAAGUUUCUAUUCAAAUUUCUUUCAUAAGCAAACCAGUGGCCUUUAGUUUAUUUUAAUGCUAAAAUAUUUUCUUUUACAGAUAGUGAGAACGUUAUGCCUUUUUCUGACUCCAGCAGAGAGAAAAUGUUCCAGAUUAUGUGAUGCAGAAUCAUCAUUUAAAUACGAGUCAGGGCUCUUUGUACAAGGCCUGCUAAAGGAUUCAACGGGAAGCUUUGUGCUCCCCUUCCGGCAAGUCAUGUAUGCUCCCUACCCCACCACACACAUAGAUGUGGAUGUCAAUACUGUCAAGCAGAUGCCACCGUGUCAUGAACAUAUUUAUAAUCAGCGCAGGUACAUGAGAUCCGAGCUGACGGCAUUCUGGAGAGCCACUUCAGAAGAAGACAUGGCUCAGGAUACUAUCAUCUGUACAGACGAAAGCUUCACUCCAGAUUUGAAUAUUUUUCAAGAUGUCUUACACAGAGACACUCUAGUAAAAGCCUUCCUGGAUCAGGUCUUUCAUUUGAAACCUGGUUUAUCUCUCAGGAGUACUUUCCUUGCACAGUUUCUACUCGUCCUUCACAGAAAAGCCUUGACGCUAAUAAAAUAUAUAGAAGAUGAUACGCAGAAGGGGAAAAAGCCCUUUAAAUCUCUACGGAACCUGAAGAUAGACCUUGAUUUAACAGCAGAGGGCGACCUUAACAUAAUAAUGGCUCUAGCCGAGAAAAUUAAACCAGGCCUACACUCGUUUAUCUUUGGAAGACCUUUCUAUACUAGUGUACAAGAACGAGAUGUUCUAAUGACUUUUUGAAUGUGUAACUUGUGAAGUAUAUUUUGUCACAAUCAUGAUUGCUGCUAAAGUAGCUCGGUGGUGUAGGAGACAUCAUUCCCUCGGGUCAUGCCCUAGAGUCCUACUUGGCAGUGCAAUUAAAGUUAGUUACACUACAGUUGUUAUAAGUCUGUAAGGGGAUGUCAGGUGCAUCGUUACAAUGGAUGCAUCUUUUUCUAGAUGUGCUAUCUUGGGAUACAAACUUAGGUUUACAGUUAUAGUAAAUGUUACUGCUCUCUUUUAAAGAUAUAAUAAUAGAAUAAAACUUGACCACAACUACUGUUUUUGUAACUUACAGUUCAUGGUUUACAUGUAUCAAAGUGAAAUCUGAGUUAGUUUUCACAGAUAAAUACUAGUUGACUUUUCAUCUCUUGGUGUUCCUUGAACAUAGGUUAAGUUUUAGAAAGAAUAUAUUGAUCAAGCAGAUGCUUAAUUCAAAUUAAUUAUUAGAUCAUACUUGAUAGACUUAGUAGUCCUUAGAGUUCAGUCUGUGUAAAAACGUCAUGCAAUACAUGUAGUCCCGAUGGUGAACCACAGUCAGGGUGUUUGUUUGUUUGUGUAUUUGUGUGUUGAGCUCUGUCAAAGAAAAUAGAGGAGAUUGGAUUUUAUGUUUUAGUAGUUAUUGCCAACUAUUUAAAUUAAUUUUUAUUAUUUUUGAGCCGAAUUGAAAUGUGUACCUCCUGUGCCUUUUUUUUUUCUUGAAAAAUAUAAUGACUUGGAAGAAGUUCAGAUUACACUAGUCAGCCAUUUUUAUCUUGUUUUCCUCUUGUAGAUUCUCACCCUGAUUUGGCAGUUGUGACUCCCAAGGUUAUAAAAUGCAAUAGAGAAUAUACUAACUAGUAAGAUCUUUUUUCAGGAACAGAGAAUAGUAUCUUGUCCUUUUCUUCUUAUAUUUCUGCCCAUAUUUUUGAAGUUGCUGGCAGGUCUCUUUGCCUGCAUCUUGUGAGGAAAGCAGGAGAAACUUUACUGAUGUGCUAUUUUACUAGGUGCAACUUUGGCAAAACUAAGUGAUCAAUUUCUUUUGUUUCCUUAAUGCGUUUGGACCAUUUUGCUAGCUGUAAAAUAAGUGAUUAAUAUAAUUCUGUGCUAGAGCAGUUUUGACAUAAUAGUAUGUACAAGCAGCUAAAAUAUUUUUAUUUAAAACUGUGGAAGUUACACAAAAGGGAAAAAUGUUUAUAAGAAAGGGAUAAACGUGACAGAGUCCCUCUGCUGUUGCUUACCAAAUUGAACCAAAACCAAUAUGUUCUUUUCGGAAAGGUCCUAAUUGCCUUUCACAUCACUGAUCAGAAAGGUAUAGACAACCUGAUUUAUAGACACAAAUGGUACUGGAUGACUGGCGCUCUGGCUCAGUCAUGAAAGAAUUUACAGGUAGUACCUUGUUGUACGCCUUACUCAGUGUUUUCUAUGUGAGAUUAUUAAAGAGUACUGACUGAUUAUCUUCUUUUGCUGGUUUAUUGUACUGUGAUAUAGAAUGCAAGUUGUACAGUGAAAUAAGUUAUUAAAGCAUGUGUAAACAUUGUUAUAUAUCUUUUCUCUUGGAUGGAGAAUUUUGAAUAAAAUAUCUUUGAAAUUUUG